ACCUCAGCCUUACGUCUCGAUACCGUCAAUCGGUUCCCCGCAUCGGGCGUUGAUCAGGGACCUGGAGGCCAUCAGGAGGUUCAGUGGCUAACAUCUAGCCGAGUCAAUACCUGCAGGCGAUCAAAUUACCUACACCGAUCACAAGCCUCGUAUUCUCUUAAACGAAAGAUCAUACUACCUGCCACCGUCAAUCCAGACAUUACGCCGUCAGUUAGGUUAGCUUGAGGAAGAACAAUCAUGUUCCGCGCACAGCAGAACGCCUUCGAUGACGCAGUCGAGCUUGCUGACGUGAAUUCUUCUGCGCAAUUAGCCAAGGCGACCGACGAGAAUUUGACAUCGGAGAACUGGGAAUAUAUUCUUGAUGUGUGCGACAAAGUUGCGGCGGAGGAGUCAGGCGCGAAAGAUGCUGUUGCCGCCCUGAUCAAGAGGCUUGCGCAUAGAAACGCCAAUGUGCAACUGUAUACUUUGGAGUUGGGCAAUGCUUUGGCACAGAACUGCGGCCCGAAGAUACACCGCGAACUUGCUUCGCGAAGCUUCACGGAUUCCCUACUCCGCCUUGCUAGUGACAGAAACACCCACCAGCAGGUCAAGGCAAAGAUUCUAGAGCGUAUGCAAGAGUGGACAGAGAUGUUUUCUAGUAACCCAGACUUCGGCAUCAUGGAGCAAGCAUACAUGAAGCUAAAGACACAAAACCCGAACCUGCAGCCCCCUUCAAAGCCUGUGAAGACAGAGAUAACCGAAGCAGAUCGUCAGAAAGAAGAGGAGGAGUUGCAGAUGGCGCUGGCCCUCUCGAUCAGAGAAAAGAAUCCCGUGGCCUCUGAGCCACAGCCGGAGUCGAGUACUUCUAACGCUGCCCCUACCAGCCAGGCACAAGCCCCAACACAUCAGGCGGUUCCUUCUGGCACUUCCGCUGCCACUGUCUCGCGAGUUAGGGCUCUCUAUGACUUCCAGCCUUCAGAACCCGGCGAACUACAAUUCCGCAGAGGCGAUGUCAUUGCAGUACUCGAGUCCGUAUAUAAGGAUUGGUGGAAGGGCUCUCUAAGAGGGCAAACGGGCAUUUUCCCCCUCAAUUAUGUUGAAAAGCUUCCAGACCCUACAGUUGAAGAGUUACAGCGGGAAGCUCAGAUGGAAGGCGAGGUGUUCGGCCAGAUCAAGAACGUUGAGAAGUUGUUGACACUCCUCAGCACACGUAGUACCGAACCAAACGUUCAGGAUAAUGAAGAAAUCACAGCUCUAUAUCACUCUACUUUGGCAAUUCGACCUAAGUUGAUUGAGCUCAUCGGCAAAUAUUCUCAGAAAAAAGACGAGUUCACCCAACUCAAUGAGAAGUUCAUAAAAGCGAGACGGGACUAUGAAUCUCUUCUGGAGGCAUCCAUGUCGCACCCCGCCCAGCCCCCGUAUGGCAGGCCUGGUCCAUCUCAGUAUGGAUAUCCCGGACCUGCGGCAUCCAUGGGCUACCCUCAGGGCCCUCCGCAAUCUGAUCCCCAAAGAUAUUUUAGCCCUCGGCCUCAAGAAACCCAAUCACACCAGCCCAAUACAUCCCCUUACUACGGGGCAGAUCAAGCGCCUAUGUACCCUCCGACAUCUCAGUCCCCCGAUCCACGUACCCGCACACCUCCAGCUGGUGCAUCCUAUCAGCCCGUGCAUCACCGACCAGAAUCAACAUAUGAGCACCCGCAAGAGCUAGGAACAUCUCGGACAAGCCCCGCCGCUGUCCAGCCACCGUUCCAGCAGCAGCAGCAGCAGCAGCAGCAGCAGCAACAACAACAACAACAGGAAUACCCUCCUUAUGCCCAUGAAGAUGCAGCUAAGCCACAGCCCCCGUAUCCUACAGGCCCAGCUUCCAAUCAACAACCACCUAUGCAUCAGCCCCCCCCCGUCCCAGGCACAACGUCAACACCGGCACCUUACCCUUCUUUACGCCCGGAGCAGGAGGCUAUCAAGCAUACAACCCAUCCCAAGGAACGGCACCUAGCUCUAACCCAGCUUCAUUCUAUCGUUAACCAUUAG